UCGAUUUAGCAAUCGGGCCGCAGAUUUUCUUUUUGCCCAUCCCUAGCCGCCACAUUGGCCUUCUUGUUGUGAUUUUUAUUUUUUUUUGCCCCCGCUGUUAAUUUGUUUUCGAAUAAAAUGUUUCCCCAAAAAUAUUCGGAGCUAUAUCGCAAGCCUGAUAGCCACCAACCGCCAUCAAACAUAGAGCUGGCCGGCAACCUCGAAUAUCCCAAUCUCAACGCUGCCGAUCUGAGUGCACGCUUGGAGAAUCUUUCGAUUCGGCUGCAUAGCUGCUGGGACAGCAUUACCGUCAACGAAGAGAACCACUUUGUUCUCGCCACCAAUCGCCGAAAAGGUUGCGAGUGGUGGGGCGUGUUCUUUGGCCACUCGGAGGACAAUGCGAAGCACAUGACCGAGAAGAAUGCGGACUUCAAACUGCAGUCAACCCACACGGUGGACAUUGUUCGCUAUGCGGAAAACAACGUGCUGCUGGCGGCACUGGGAGAUACCAAACUGCAGGUCUGGUCCACAUACUCAAAGGUGCGGAAUCCCGUAUCCCCGUAUAGCCUUUUUAUGAUCGGCGAAUCUGCAGCCCAUCCAUCGGCCAUUAGCCAUUUGAGUGUGUUCAAGGCGGAUAAAAAAACGGUUGUAACCGCAUCUCCAGAUGGUACAAUAAAUAUUUGGAACUUCGCUGGGGCAGAUCUGGAGAGCUCUUACCGCACAAAUUAUGCCCACACGGACAAACUCACGGGCAUGGCCACACCUGUGAGCACUUCCGACCAGUUUGUUACCUGUGAUCGUGGGGGUUGUGCCCGCAUUUGGGACGCUCGUGCCGUGGCACCAUCUUCCAUGACCCUCUACAACGACACUACUCAUAUGAUAAGCUUCACCUGUGCCGCCUGGGCAGGGCCCACGGAGCUCCACGGCGAUAACUACAUUUACUUUGGUGAUUUCGAUGGAAAUGUCCAUACCAUAGACAUUCGUGUACCCAAGAAGUUCCAAGAAACGAUGGAGUACUUUGAUGACAGCAUUAUCUCACAGCUUUCGAUCAAUGGACCCCAUUUGGCUGUCAUGGGCAAUCAGCCUGCUGGCGUGAAGAUAGCCAAAAUGAAUGGAAGCCAUGAGAUUAUCUAUACAAAUAAGGACACGCAUGACCGUCUGACGGACGCCGUUUGGACAGAUGCACAGACACUACUUACCAUUGGACAUGGCCGUAAAAUGGUCAAACACAUUAUACCUUAGGUUUUUUUUUUUUUUUUUUUGUAAUAUUUGACCUGUCCUGAUUCAAGUGAUAUUUGUUUACCAUUCAUAUACAAGAAAUGCACUUUAGUUCAAGGGAUUUGUAUUAUAUUAAUACAAAUUCGUGAAUAUAUUUUUUUUAAGAGUACUUUUUUUCUUGUUGAAAGAAAUGAACAGAGAAGACGAACAACUUAAACAUUGUCUUGAGACUUGCCUGUAACACUGUUUAACAUAAUAAAUCUAAUCAUAUAUUCUUUAAACAUGGCUCAAGAACAAAAUAGCUUUAUGAUUUUGUUGGAAAACACUGGAGAUGUAUCCUUUCUUUUAUUUUCAAACCAGUUUGCUUAAGGAACAUAAAAAAACACAAGAUUCGACUUUAAAUGUAAAGAUUACCAAAUGCUUCAACCAAAAUAGUUGCCUAUUUUGGGGUCUAUUACAUUUUUCUUUCAACUGUUAAAGAAAACGUUUAAAUGUCUAAUAGAAAUUCUUUGUUAACUUGACAAAAAUAUGACACAACUACUGCUAAUAGAAUUUACUUAUAAUUGUCAUAUAUAAAAAUAUAAAUUCCACUUUCCAUAAAUUCGUUGUAUAAAUUCAAAAUCUUUAUUUCAAAGUCUUUCGGUUACUAAACAAUCAAUGCGCAUCAUCAUUUGGAAUGGUCUUAUAUGAUCUGAUCUGAACAAUGCUUCAGUUUUGGUGUCUUUGAUGUCCUGUCCUGUCAGUGGGGGGAUCCUUUACGCAAGCAGCGUUAUGUAAAAGGCCAAAUACUGGGUCAUCAG